AUGAAGCAGGAAUACGACUCUCUUCUUGUGAAGGAAUUGGAAUUGUCUAGACAGGGUUUCCCGGCGGCGCUCCUUGACCUGAAGGCACGCCUGACUGCAAAUGUCCAGGGCCUUCCCUCCGAGCAGCCGGGCUCCCUCUGGCCAAAGACCUCCCUCGGCUGCCUGCACGACAGGCAGCGCCUCACCCCCGACCAGCUGCGGGUGCUGCUGGACCUUUGCGCCAAGCACAGCGCCGACCUGGCCUCGGCGGCCUCCCUGCGGGUCCGGGAUGCGCAGCUGGUGGUGCACCAGUGCCGCUCACUGGAGCGGACGCUGAGCGUCCAGAGCGUCCCCUUGAGGCCCGCACGCGAGGGGGAGGGGGCUUUGCCGCCGCGUGAGCAGGAGGAGAGGGUGGCAAGCAUCCUGGCGGAGUCCGGCGCCCCAGACUACUGGUUUGCUGCCAGCCGCGACGGCAAUCGCAGGGCGCACUACGCCGACGCGCACCUCGGGGUCACCCUGGUUCACUUCCUGGUGGGCCCCGAGGAGCUGCUGGCUGCCGUGCGGCGCUUCCGGAGGGCAGUGGAUGCUGCCCUCCCGGGAACCUAUCACUGGUUUGAUGAUGCAGCACUGCAUGUGACCAUUCGCGCUGUCGUGACAUAG